GAUUUGUGAGAAGAUGAGUCUCAGCAAGGACAAGAGGCAGAGUAAAUAUAGAAUUCUUGCCUGCAGCAACACAUACAUGACGGUUGGUUGCCAACAGAGCUUCUCACUGAUGUGCCGGAGAUUACAGAUGCGACAAGCACUUCGCGCAUUCAGCAACGGGCGAACUCGCGAGGCGGAUACAGAAGCUUAGCGUUUGCUAUGCUUGGUCUCCGCAACACUGGGGGCUUGCCAGGCAUAUCUGGAUCCGCCACUGAGUCGGUUCAACGGCGCUUCGGACCCCGGCGCUUCGUCACACCAUUUGAUGAAUGGCUUUUUCGGCCGGCCACGGACUUCAGUGAACAGUUGAGCCGAGCCACAUCACGUCUCCGAUUGAGCUCAUUGGCUUCAAGUACCAGUCGUCUGUACACGUACACUACCUAGACGCCAGUCCUGCAAUGCAACCCUCUUCGGUUCGCAACCCCGAGGCUCGGUUUCCGAGAUUAGCAUUCGAAAUCAGAUGCGUAAAGCGGUACCCAGUGUCUGUUUGCGUGUUCCGGAUCAUUGAGUAUAACAUUUCAUGUCACACCAAACUUUCGGACAAAGUCUUGGAGCGCGGGCCGCGAGUUUCAUAAUAAUGCCGAGAGCGCAAUCCAUGCUGCAAUGUAUAUAGCCCCAGUCAAGGUUCAAACUCAAAUCAAUCUCCAGUAUCGGCCCGCAUUCUAAUUCAACUUCCACGGCCACAAUGGAUUUCGGUCGCCGAUCUCCCACGCAGGUUCUCGCUGCCUUACAGCCGUUGGUACAGGCGUUGGAUCGGGAAGCAGUAAUCACAAGCACCGAUGCUUUGUACCCACUUCAUUCGGAGCCAUAUGCUAUUCAAAAGCAGCUCCACCCAGCAGUGGUACUGGUACCGGACACGGUGGAGGAACUCUCUGCCAUUGUGAAGUUCCUGUACGGGUCCAACUUAGAUUUUGUCAUCCGUGGUCAUGGCUUCAAAUCCCCCUCCGCCAGGCAUGUGGUCGUCAGCAUGCUAAAGUUCAAGGACCUGGACUAUGACCCGGUGAAGAAGAUCGCCACAAUCGGCGCGAGUGCCACCUGGUUCGAGGUGGUGUCGUUCAUGGAGCAAGUCGAUCCGGAGUAUUCCGUUCCCGCCGCCCGCACCCCGAGCAUCGGAGUCACCGGAACAAUUUUGAAUGGCGGGCUCUCGUGGAUGUCCACCGAGUACGGCGGCAUCAGUGAUCCAAUCAAUUUCCUUGACGCGGAAGUCGUCAAGUAUGACGGAACGGUUGUCAUGGCAUCCCAAGAGCCCGGUCUUCUUUGGGCUCUCAGAGGCGGCGGCGGCGGCUUUGGUGUCGUCACCAAGGUCCUACUUCGAGCGCAUCCUUAUCCGACUGAUAUCUGGUCGGGCAUGGUUCUGGUGCCUCGGAAGUUGCUGCCGCAGCUGGUUGACAAGAUCUACGUUUUCAACCACUCCGUCCCUCACCCAAAAGUCAACUACUUUGCCUACUUGCUACCCAAAAAGCUCCUCGCGACGGUGUUGGAGGGCGACGAGCCUGACGCCGAAGACUCGGUCGUGUUCCACGUCUACGACGCUCUCGGCGGGAAGCACGGUCGAGACGUCUUCCAAUGGCUCCUGCAGAUGCCCGGCGCGAUUGACCGAACCAGGGUGACGAACAUGAAGGGGAUGCUCGAAAUGCAAAGAAACGCGGCAGCCCUCCGAGGGACGAUGAGGACGUUUUACGCCCCGAUGGCAGUUGCUGAUAUGGACCAAAGCGUCAUCACUCGGGCAAUUGAGUUCUAUGACAAGAUCGGUCAACUGGAUGAGUCCAUCCACACCAUGUCGGCGGUGAUCUUUGAGUUCCUUUCGUUUCGAUCCCCCAUCGGUGGUACUGCAGAGGUUGCCUGGCCCCGGUCGAGUGGCUUGAACCACUUGCUGCUAUUCAUCUUCAGUGGCCCAGGAGACGGGCCACCGGAGCAGGAAAAGAUCCUGCGUCAGCUUUCCGAAGAUGCCCCGCGGUACGUGCUAGGGCAGAAAGCCGGUGAUGCCGAGAUCAAUCCUGCCGGUCUCGAGCCGGAUUAUCAUGACGUCAAAGGAGUGUACCGUGAACACUACGAGAAACUGGUGGAGUUGCGACGUCGAUAUGAUCCUGACAACCGGUUCAAGUCAUUUUUCUGAUCUCUUCUUUGAUCUCGUCGUGAUUCAGAUGUUGAUAUAUCAUCAAGCAUUCUUCUCCCUUGGACAAGCGUUUGAAUAGCGCAUUUGUCAUUUGACAACUUCCCAUGUAAUAGGCUGGAAGUGACAGUUGGUAGUCUAUUAUAGUACAAUUAUAGUCCAGUUGAUUCCGGGCCAGCCUUUAU